AUGAUGGGUCCCACGCUUCCGCUCUCUGUCGCCCGCGUCGUCGCCAUCGCUUCCACAGCUCGUCGCGUUCGCGACCCCUGCCCGUCGCCUUCGCUCCGCCCGUCGCCUUCACUUCCCCCCCGUCGCCUUCACUCCCCCCCCCCCCUUCCCCCCCCCUUCCGUCGCCUUCACUUCCCCCUCUCGUCGCCUUCACUUCCCCCUCCCGUCGCCUUCACUUCCCCCUCCCCUCGCCUUCACUUCCCCCUCCCGUCGCCUUCAUUUCCCCCUCCCCGUCGCCUUCACUUCCCCUCCCGUCUCCUUCAUUUCCCCCUCCCGUCGCCUUCACUUCCCCUUCCCGUCGCCUUCACUUCCCCCUCCCGUCGCCUUCACUUCCCCUUCCCGUCGCCUUCACUUCCCCCUCUCGUCGCCUUCACUUCCCCCUCCCGUCGCCUUCACUUCCCCCUCCCGUCGCCUUCACUUCCCCUUCCCGUCGCCUUCACUUCCCCCUCUCAUCGCCUUCACUUCCCCCUCCCGUCGCCUUCACUUCCCCCUCCCGUCGCCUUCACUUCCCCCUCCCGUCGCCUUCAUUUCCCCCUCCCCGUCGCCUUCACUUCCCCUCCCGUCUCCUUCAUUUCCCCCUCCCCGUCGCCUUCACUUCCCCCUCCCGUCUCCCUCAUUUCCCCCUCCCGUCGCCUUCACUUCCCCUACCCGUCGCCUUCACUUCCCCCUCUCGUCUCCUUCAUUUCCCCCUCCCGUCGCCUUCACUUCCCCUUCCCGUCGCCUUCACUUCCCCCUCUCGUCGCCUUCACUUCCCCCUCCCGUCGCCUUCACUUCCCCCUCCCGUCGCCUUCAUUUCCCCCUCCCCGUCGCCUUCACUUCCCCCUCCCGUCGCCUUCACCUCCCCCAUUUCCCCCCUUCACGCUCUCUUACCCCCUCUGCUCGCCCCUGUUUUCCCGGCUCACUCCUAUACUCACUCUCUCCCUCCCUGCUCACUCUCUUCCCCCCUGCUCACUCUCUUCCCCCCUGCUCACUUUCUUUCCCCCUGUUCUCAUCCCUCUUUCCCCCUUUCUCACCCAUUUCCCCCCUGCUCGGUCUAUUUCCCCCUGUGCUCGCCCCUAA